ACGUUGACACUGGGAUUUGAUGAUGCUGCGCUCGCUCUCUCAAGUCUCAAUCAGGCUAUCGAAGAGAGAAGAAGAAGCAAAAGCACGCCGCGUUAAGGUUCCUCGCUUUCUGCUAAAUCAAGUCAAUAGUCGUCUUCUCAUCCUUCGUGACCUAUUUGAAACGUUUCGUCUCUGGUUUUGGUGUUGUCCAAUAUCAAUAUCUUGCCUGAGGGUUUCAAGUAUAUAGUGCCUUGAGUUCAAGAUAGUAUUUACUUAUACGAACAUAGAGAAGAAGGCUGUCUUGUUUUGUCUUGUCUUGCGUAUUCUCUCUAGAGUGAAGGAGAAGAUGUCCCAGAAGCGAAAUCUUCCUUCUUGGAUGAGUUCAAGUGAUCCUGAGGCUAGUCCAGGUAAGUCUCAUAGUAAGAAGCCCAAGGAUGAAAAUGAUAAGCAUAUUAAAGAGCAGACCAGUAGAAAUGCCUCUUCCAACAAUUCGCAACGCGGCAAAAGUUCAAAUGCUACGGAUCUCGCUAAACUUAUGGAUGGAGUCGUUUUUGUGCUCUCGGGCUUUGUUAACCCUGAGAGGAGCACACUUAGAUCACAGGCCUUGGCAAUGGGAGCCACAUAUCAACCUGACUGGAACUCUGACUCUACGUUGUUGAUUUGUGCUUUUCCUAACACUCCCAAGUUCCGUCAGGUCGAAACUAACUGUGGAACAAUAGUCUCGAAGGAAUGGAUAACCGAGAGCUAUAGGCAGAAGAAGUUGGUGGGUAUUGAGCAAUACCUUAUGCAUGCUGGCAAACCAUGGAGGAAAAGUAGUGUUCCUCAAGAUGCUAUCCGAGGUAACAGAAAUAUAUUGGAAAGGCUUUUUAGAUGGAAUCUUUGAUAACAGUUAACUGUCUCCAGAGGUUCAUAUAUAUCACCUUGUUUUAAGGUUGAUGUAUGACUAAAUGAUGAACAAGAGAUUAGCU